CACCAUCUUCAAUUCGCAGCAUUUCUUACCAACAAAGCGAAUCAUCAGCUUGAAACUAGUUUUUGAAUUUCAAAAUGGUGGGAGCUGCCGGAAGGAAAGGAGGAGGACCAAGGAAGAAGUCCGUCACAAGAUCCGUCAGAGCUGGACUUCAAUUUCCCGUCGGAAGAGUCGGCCGUUUCUUGAAGAAAGGUAGAUAUGCUCAGCGUGUUGGUACCGGUGCUCCUGUUUACCUAGCCGCUGUUCUCGAGUAUCUUGCUGCUGAGGUUCUUGAGUUGGCUGGAAAUGCGGCACGUGAUAACAAGAAGAACAGGAUUAGUCCAAGACAUUUGUUGUUGGCAGUGAGGAAUGAUGAAGAGCUUGGAAAAUUGCUUGCUGGUGUUACCAUUGCUCAUGGUGGUGUUCUUCCUAACAUUAACCCUGUGCUUUUGCCUAAGAAGACUCAAAGUGCUUCUACAACUCCCAAGUCUCCAUCAAAGGCCAGGAAAUCUCCAAAGAAAGCUUAGAUGUUAGAAUUUGUGUUUUUUGGUUCUGUGUGGGUAACUUAGAUUUGGCACACCUCUCAUGUGUCAUAGAGUUAUUCAAUGUAUGCCAAAAAAACGUAAUUCGAAUGUCUUUGUAUCUCGUUUAUGAGUUUGAUUAGUUAAUGGAAUCGUUUUGUUUUUAUAGUCAA